AUGUCUCAACCAAAUCCCUUCGAGCGGAUUCAAAUCGAUACCAGCGAUGACGACUCACUCUUUGAUACCCAAUCCCUCGUGGGUUCCAAUCUGUCUUUUGCAUCUUCCGUUCGCGACUACAGCUACGAAAAUGGCCGCCGCUAUCAUGCCUAUCGCCACGGCCAAUAUCCUUUCCCUAAUGACGAGGAAGAGCAAGAACGCCUCGCCCUGAUGCACCACCUAUUCAAGCUCCUCUCGGGGGGUGACCUUCAUCGUGCGCCCAUCACGCGUUCGCCGGAACCCCCGAAUCGUAUCCUCGAUGUCGGCACUGGCACCGGCGAAUGGGCCAUCGAGAUGGCCGAGGACUUCCCAGACGCCGUAGUAAUUGGUACGGACCUGAGCCCAAUUCAGCCAUCCUGGGCCCCACACAACUGCCGCUUCUUCAUUGAUGACGCUGAGAGCGAUUGGACCUUCUCACCCACCGAGCCUUUCGACUAUAUCCACGCCCGCAGCAUGGGUGGCGGCAUCGGCGAUUGGCCUAGGCUGCUACGCCAGUCAUUCCAACAUCUUAAGCCCGGCGGCUGGUUUGAGGCCCAGGAAUUUGAGGCUAUUGUGCUCUCCGACGAUGGCACUCACGAACGUGCAACUUCUAUUAUGGAGUGGCAAACCAAGCUGAACCAGGCGAGUAAACAAUUCGGAAAGCCGAUGAAUGUGGCGCCUGUAGUGUCGCAGUGGAUGAGGGAGCAGGGCUUCGUCAACGUCUCGGAUGAUAUUUACAAGUGUCCCGUCGGCGGGUGGGCCAAAAACCAACGUCUCAAGGAGAUUGGACGCGUGGGCAGAAUCACCAUUCUUGAGGUGGUCGAGCCGUAUACGCUUGCUUUGUUCACUCGGAUCUUGGGCUUCUCUUUCCAGGACGCCCAGGAGUAUAUGGACAAGGUGCGCGCAGAGUUGGUGAGCUCUAGGUUUCAUCUCUACGUGCUCUUCCAUUUUGUCUAUGGCCAGAAACCGCUGGACGAGCCGAAUGGCCAUAGCUAG